UAAAUGUGUCUUGGUACACAUGAGAAAUCGUACUCCUCAGCAUAGCCAGUCAAAGACUUAAACAGGGGUAAAAGGAGAGCUAGAAGAGUAUUUUAGCCAUGGAAAGUUAUUUAACAAUGUGGUUUGGAGAAUGUGUUGGGUAAUUGUAGGGUUUAGAGCCUGCCGAUAUCACUGCGGACUGUUUAGGCCCCUCAGAGUCAUGGUGCGGCAUUGCCUUUGUAACAGAGGUGGUUCAAUGAGCCAUGCUUGCAUGUUGAGUAACUUUGUCGGAAACCUAAAGACUUGCGCUAGCUUCCCAAGCUUAGGGUUUAGCUCAGUGAGCCAACACAACUUUGUGGUGCGCAGACGACCAGGGCUGCAACCGAGACUGUCCCAUCGGUGCCAGUCAUUCAGUUGAUGCCUAUUAGCUGCUGGGGUCAUUGUGGAGAGGGAGACGAGGUCCUGAAGACUUGCGAAAGCUCCCCAAGCUAAUGCCUAGGUUUUAGACCACCGGGCUAACACAGACAACCCAGAUUAAUUUGAUUUACACUAAUUCAGUACAAUACGGUGGAUCAAAUAAUCAACAAUCACAAAACAAACCAUUUCUGUGCACUGCCAUUGUGGCUUGUAGCAUUUAUUUGUUCUGAAAUAGGUUGUGCUUCAUACUAUUGAGGGUAGGGUAAGUCAUUUACGCUUAUUUGUGUGAAACCUGUUACAGUGAUGUAGGACAUUUCCAUUUCGAUGGCAGGCGUAAACUUUUUUUCCUACUGUAACUUCCAGGUAUAAAUACAGACUGGAUUCUGGCAAACACACAUUUCACGCAUCUGUUCCCUCUCUCACACGUUGCUUGUGACAUUUUCAGCAUCUCAUCCUCUUAAGAACAGGAAGACAGAAAGCGAGCAGGAGAUACGGAAGGUGUAAGGCCCAGGGAUGCCACAGACUGAGAGUGAGAGGUUGAAGAGUGGGCGACUGAACAGUGGGCGUCAUCAGCGGCAGCGAGAGCGGCGGGGGGGUGAACAGGGAGAGGAGCCAGACGCACGUACCCAGCCCAAAGAUUCUGCCUCACCUCAGCUCUGUGCUCGUACGUCUGUUACGCAGAUGGGCUUCCCAUUGAUGAUUAGACCUGGAGUUUCACUUAUGGCCUCGUCUCAGCUCCAAAGCAUAUUGUUACGGCAGUGUUCCAGUGAGGAGGAGGGGAGACCACUCCUGCAACGGGUGUCUCUGUGCCCCCAGUUGAGCCAGCACAGACCCUCUGUUCUACGCCAGGGUGUCCAGGCUGCCCACGUGCGACCGCAGGCACCAUGCACUCUAACAGAGGCCAGUUCAGCUCAGCCCAUCUCACUGUGCAAGGUGGAGGUGGACACAGGGAGCCGUGGACAGUCCUCUCCCCCACACUCUGAGCACUCUCCUGGGCCAACUCGUCACCCCUCUCCCCCGGGGACAGCCAGUCCUAAGCAGAGCUCCAUCAUCACCAGGCAACAUGAGGCAGGUCACCCAACCCUAGAGGGGUCCAGUGCUCUGUUUCUCAACGGACUCUGCUGCUGGCCUGGCUGCGAUGCAGUAUUUGAAGAAUUCCCCAGUUUUUUGAAACACCUCCACUCUGACCAUGGCCAUGGAGACAGAAGCAUUGCACAGUGGAAGGUACAACAAGACAUGGUGCAAUACAUGGAGACCCAGCUGACUGUGGAAAAACAGAAACUCUUCGCAAUGCAACUACAUCUGCACCUAUCUGGACACAAAUCAACUGUCUUGGCAGCUUCAGACUGGCCUUACAGGCACAGCCUGUCACUAGGCCUGCCCCAGAACCGAGGUGGAGUGUCACGCUGCACCACUAAAGAGCCAGAGGAGCUGGUGCAGCACGAGUAUUGGCCCUCUGCUGCUCCCCACCACCUACGGCCAGAUCUUAUCCCGAGUGUUGAGUGUUACAAAUACAACAACAUUAGGCCACUGUACACCUACGCCUGCAUGAUAAGAUGGUCUAUACUGGAGUCUCCAGACAAGCAGCGCUCCCUGAAUGACAUCUACAACUGGUUCACCACUAUGUUCUUCUACUUCCGACACAACACGGCCACAUGGAAGAACGCUGUCCGUCACAAUCUUAGCCUCCACAAGUGUUUUGUGCGAGUGGAGGGAGGCAAGGGGGCCGUCUGGACAGUGGAUGAAAUGGAAUAUCAAAGGAGAAAGGGACAAAAAUACCACAGGGAUCAUCAUGUGAAAUGGCUGGCACCCUACUCCUUAUUUCGUCCAGAGGAACCUUGAACAUAACCACCCCUUCAGUGAAUGAAAAACUACUGGGAAAGGAAGUCACUAGGACCUAUUACUGAAUCAGGUAUUUUUUUAACAAGGCUGGAGAAAAAGCCCUCCAGGAGAGUUGACCUGUCCUGGUCUACAGUAUCUACAGAACCUAUCAUCACCUUCUUUGUUCAGCAGCAGAUGGUGCUACAACAUAGCACAGCCCAGGACUCUUUUGCCUCUAGACUCUUUUAUCAUGAAGAUGUGUGCACAGCUGGAAUGGCUAUACGUUUUGCAGCAUUUGAAAGAAAAAUAUAUACUUAGCAAUUAUUUGUCAAUCAAACUUAGUGAAAGGGUAAACAAUUGUUUUGUUGUGUUGGCUACAUACAGUAUACUCUAUCCCACUGGGCUCAUCAUUGUAAACUGUUGUUUUGAGGGUGGAAUUUCAACCAUAGGAUUAGUUCAACAUUUUAAUUAAUUUUCAACAUAGACAAACAUUGUAUGAAAUAUAAUGAAUUUGUACCUUUGAAAUAAUGUCAGAUCAUCACUCAAUCAGUUAGCCAACAAACUUAUUGACUUCUGAUUUAUUGAGUGGGUGAAUAAAGGUUGAAAUCGCAUUGAUCAACGUUUCUACCAAAUAUUACCCAAAUGUCCACGUUGAAAUUAAAUUGUGUGCCCAGUGGGAUGUUACAGCAAGCAUGUACAAUUUUACACUGUGUUAGAAAAAUAAAAAAUACUCUGCAAUUAAAUGUA